AUGGCUAUGUCUUUGAUUUGGACACUUGUCUUAAGAUUAGUGAAUCGGUUGGACGCGAUGUACGGGAAGACGUGUCGCGGACACCACACGCCAGCCGUUGGGGUGAGAGGUCGUGGUGGGGGUCAUCACGGGUCGGAAAACCAGUCGCCGUUCGCCAACUCGGCUCAGGGGUCCGGCCGGUCCUCCCAGAGUCCGAGUCCUACGCCGUCGGACCUGCCGUCGGGCGUGCGGUAUAUCCGCGCGACGCCGACCUCUAUCUACCGGCCGGUGACCCACAGGUCGGCCACAGUGGCCAAGAGGAGAGACCCGUCGCCCGGAAAGAACCUGCGAUUCGCCGAACCCCUCGUCAACGGUAAGACAGACACGAAAUGCCGGUCCUCUGAGCGCAUCGACAGGCCGUGCCGUUCGCGGCAACAACUCAACCGACCCGUCAUUAAGCCGGUCGACGCCACCGAUAGUCACAAACCGGUGGCCAAGAGUUCGGCCACUGGGCAGUCGUCGCCCAUAUUUGCGUCGGGCGUCGACUUCGGCGGCGAUACUCAGCGCACAACGACUUCCGCACCGAAGCGGACGCACUCUUGCUGUCGGUCUAAGAGUGCAUCGCGUGAAUCGACCCCCGAGUCGGGCACUACAUCCUCAUCGCCCACCGAACCUAAGACUGUCGUCAAGACUGCCAUCAAUGUUCCCAACAAAACGGUCCACAAAUCCACAGUUUUGACGCCCAAUGAUGGCUAUAAUGUGCACCGAAAUAGAGUAUCGAUUCCAUUGCAAGCGAUGGAUAGGAAUGGAGAUCCGAACCGACUGUCUGUGAACGUGAACGUCGCGGUCGGUCUUCAGUGCGAUGACGACAAAGUGAAGAACUCGAUGGCGAAGAAGGCGUACGAAAAGUUGUCCAAACAUUUGACGACAAUUAGUGACGACUCGGGGUCUGACUUAUCAGAUAUGAUCAGACAUGACACCAGCGAUGAGAUGGACUACUUUGCGGUCCAAUCGCCAGAGAGUGGGUCCGCCAUUCAAGUGGCCGUACGUUUGCGUCCGUUCCUGAAAGCCGAGCAUUUGGAGGACUCUGUGAUAGAAAUGUCUGGAAAUACUGUUCGUGUAGUUAAUGCCGAAAACGAGAACUAUAAUCGACUGGAGUUUGGUUUCGACUCGUGUCUGAACUCGUCGGACAGGGAUUUGUUUGAUUUCGCGGCUCAGGACCACGUGUACCAAGAAAUGGGUCGACCGUUGCUCGAGCGCGCACUCGAAGGCUAUAACGUGUGUCUGUUUGCUUACGGCCAGACCGGCAGUGGGAAGAGCUUCACGAUGACGGGCACCGACACCAACGCCGGCGUUAUUCCGCGCUUUGUUCGCGAGCUCUUCAAACGCUUCCUAACUCUCGUGGAUAUCGUAUUCACUGUUGAAGUCAGUUAUUGCGAGAUCUAUAACGAGAAGAUUUACGAUCUCUUGUCAGACGAUAAGGUUAAGGAUAAGAAGACGCUGCGAAUCCGAGAGCACCCGCAGUCCGGGCCGUACGUCGAGCACCUGUCGCAGCAUUUGGCCGAAAACGUUACGGAAGUAAUGGAUUUGUUGCAAAAGGGGACCAAACGUCGAGCCACGGCCUCGACAGCGAUGAACGACACCAGCAGUCGUUCCCAUUCUAUAUUCACUAUAGUAUUGUCACAACUGAGAAGUCACACGGAAAUGGGUUUGGAUGUGAGCUUCUCGUGCGGUUCGCGAAUCAAUUUGAUUGAUUUGGCGGGCAGUGAGAGGGUUGGCAUCGCCGGCACGAGCGGCGACCGACUCAAAGAGGGCUCACUCAUCAAUAAGUCGUUACUUAAUUUGGGAAAAGUAAUCAAAAAGUUGGCGGACUUGGGUUCACAUCGGCAUAAAGUGGCGCACAUUCCGUACAGGGAUUCCCAACUGACAUACCUUCUGAAGGACAGUCUGGGCGGCAAUUCCCGCACAUCGAUGAUUGCGACCAUAAGUCCCGCCAAAUGCCAUUUGGAGGAGACGUUGAGUACAUUGAGAUACGCGGCCACCGCUCGCAGUAUUGUUAACUACGUGCACAUCAACGAAGACCCCAAGAAUCGCAAAAUACGUGAACUUAUGGAAGAGAUUGCGUUUCUCAGGACUCAACACAUGGAACAGCAGCUCAUUCCCCAUACCUGUGAUAAGCGAUCCGACGAUAGCAUUGAGAGCAAUGAAUAUAUUGAGCCAAAAGCCGUCCAGAUGUUGAGUAUCGGAACGAACACUUCGUUUGUAGAGAAGCGUCGGAUGAGUACCAAAAUGACGGACACGUCGUUCAGUGACUUUCCCGACACGAUGUCUAAGACAAAGACCUGUAGUAUCGCCACAAACACAUCGUUCGUGAAGUCCAAGAUGUGUAGUAUAGGGACAGACGCUGUGCCGCCUGUUGUCACUCACAAACCCAUCACUAAGAGUACCGCCACUGAGAUGUCGUUUUCGGAGACGUCGUCGAGGGCUACGUUCAUAGAUAUGCCGACCCGUGAAGACCUCUGGAGAGGCAAUAAAUUGGGAGACAAACAGAGGAAACUGUUGGCAGAGAUUCGUAAAUACAGAGACAAACUGAUGGGAGUGGACGCUAGUGGGGAGGAGUCGGAGCAAUAUUUUGAUGCCAACCCCGGUGUGGACGUAGAUGUGGUUAAGACAGAACCACCAGAAGAAGUGGGUUGGGAUGAAGUGGACAAUAGAAAGGAUGAGGAAGAACCGGCAGCUGAUGAACAGACCAAUGGAUACGAGAAUAACCAGAAGGAGAAUAAUGAAGAGGGAGUGAAUUGGGGUGAAGACGAUGGCGAUUGGUAUCCCGAGGGCGCAGCUAAUGAAGCCAAAGACGAUAAGACCGAAGGCCAGUGGGACGAUGCCGUCGGCAAUGGAGAUAAUGGUGACGAACGGCUCGACGAGACCACUAAAAAGGAUAAAAAGAGUGACAAAAAGGAUAAAAAGAGCGACAAAAAGGGUAAAAAGAGUGACAAAAAGAGAGAAUCUAAUGAAUCAAACAAAUCAAACAAAUCGGAUAAAACUCAUAAAAAGCCGGACGACAGUGAGUUUGAUUGGGGCGACGAUCAGAACAACACCACUGUUAUCGACAGUAAGAAGAAAGAUGGCGACCAUAAGAAAGUGGAUAAUAAAGGUGACACUGGAGGUGAUAAUUGGGGCACUGAUACUGGCGCUGACAAUAAACACACCGACAAUGGCAACACUGGAGAUGACUGGGGCACAGGAGCCGACGACAAGGGAACCGGUGGUGAUGAUUGGGGUACUGGAGCCGAUGGUAAGGGAACUGGUGGUGAUGAUUGGGAUACUGGAGCCGAUGAUAAGGGAACUGGUGGUGACGAUAACAAUUGGGACGAUACCGGAGACAAUGGAAACGAUUGGGGCGCAGGAAAUAAUGGCGAUAAUAAUACCGGAGCCGACGAUAAUUGGGAUUAA